AUGGCGCUGAGCCGAAGCCGAAGACAUCAAAGAAAACCGCAAGCCGAGUGCAAUCGUGAUGUUUCGUUUUACGAACAUCCACUGCUGAGCUGUCGGCUUGAAACACAACUCCUAGAUAUUAACAUAAACCCCUUUAUCCAGAAUCGGCUAUAUUUAACUCGGCUCAAGACUGGGGCCAUUGGUUGCGCCAUGGAGUCAACCGAACCGCGAUUAUUCCGCAAGAACGGACGGGCUCAGGCUUGUGAACCAUGUCGCAAACGCAAAGUUGCAUGCGAUCACACGCAACCCAUAUGUAACAGAUGCAAGAAGUCGAAGAAUCCAGAAUUGUGCGAAUAUAUCGUCAAUAGCACUCCAGUCCGAGAGACUCCUAGACCCAACAGACUGAGAGAGCAUCGGAGAGCCAGAGAAUCUAGAGCGCCUUCCUUGCCUUUGACGCUCUCCUUUCUUCCUUCACUUCCAGGCCAUCCAUCUGGAUCAACAGCGAGAGCACCAAUAACAGCCUCACCAACUACAACACCGUCAAGCGCAACAACAGGCCGUCAGCCCACAUCCGUAUCUGCAAGCCACCCCACCAGCCCGGAGUCAGUGGGCGCAACUCCGAGCGUGCUCGGCAUCGGCUACCUGGGCUUUACGUCUUUUUGCGGCAUCUAUGAGGAGACUCGGCAUAGCCUCAAACGACUUCAGCCCUCCGGAGCGGCACCCAUCGGUGAGAUCGGUACUACUAAUUAUUGCGGUUUAGAAUGUUCUCCGCCCCUCACGCCUCAGGCUCUGGAGACAUGUCUGACUGUCCUCCGUCAUGUCCCAGAUCGCGAAACCGGUCUGAAGCUGUUCGAUAGCCAUGUGAACCCGAGUGAUGGCUGGAUCCGGCCCGUGGCCCGGCAGAUUCUUGAAUCUCUCUACGAGACCUUUCCCCGCCACUUCGACAGCGCCAAUCCCGCCAGUGACAGCGAACUGGAGCCUCUUGCGCGAACAAUAUGUGCCAACACAGCCAAAUGCGUGAAUGAUGAAGAGACUGAUGCUGAGAAGUGGGUGGCACAGCUGCUCGGCCCGAACCUACGAUGGGAAUCUUUUGGUGUGUUGUUUGUCUACUGGGAGUUGGCGGCCAGAUAUCUCGGGCCCUACCGGCCAGACGUGGGCACGCAAUUCUCAUCCCUGGAUGAGGGAACCAAGGUCGUGUUGGGAUAUCGGUAUUGCAUCUGCGCCUGCAUGGAACUGACAAAGGCCGCUGGCAGCGGGGGCAAUACGCUGCUCCUUUUCAUGACUUCCAAGCGGACAAUCAUCGAGUCAUUGUUUUCCGGUGAUGCAAGUUUUGCAUGCUGGCAAUUGCAUUCCGAAACGGUGGCAUUAUCAACGUUUCUCGGGUUUCACGACGAAGUGAGCUCAGAGCCGUAUGUGCCGAACAUUGGCACCGAGAUUAAACGCAAAACGUUCUCCUAUGUCUUCUACAUGGACAAGGUAUUAGCAUCUUUCUCUGGCAGGCCUCCUAUGAUCAGCCGCAGAUACGCGCGAACGCCGCCCCCCUUGGACCUAAAGGACGAGUAUCUCCUUUCAGACAAGGCCACACUUGCCCGGCAUGUGGCCAAUCUUGAUGAGAACGGGUGGAACACCGAAGGUGGCCUCUAUUCUUCCACUAUCGUCCGGGCCCGGGUAAUGCUGGCUCACAUUCGAGAUGAGUUAUUCGAAAUUGCACUCGGCCACGGGCCGGUGACUCCGGUUGAAACGCUAUUGGACAUCAAGGAAAGGCAGCUCAAAACCAUUGCUAGUCUUCCAGAGAUCCUCAUGUUCAAGGAUGAAAACAUACAGGACAGAAAGCUCGAGGUUUCUGUCUUAUAUGUCCGUCUGGUCGUCCACCUGGAACACCUUCAAAACAUGUUCUUCAUCGAGCGUCUCCUCGCACGACGGGGUCACGAUGACGGUACAUUGUUGGCAGUAAGCUACGAAAUGGUCUCCAAAACCCUCAUGUUCUGGACAAAUAUGGAUCGCCUAUCGGUUAUGAACGGUGAUUUUGAAUGGCUGGUAAUGGCAUACGCUGCGCCAGGAGGUGGCAUACUCUGCCUUGAACUGCUUAAACCCACCCUCCACGGCGGCAACCAUCCACAGAACCCCAAGGUGACCCGCUCCAGCAUCAUCCAGAAGCUCAGCCUGCUUGUCGGCUUCCUGGAUUGGGUCAGCCCGACUGCUCCCAACGGUGACCUUUGCGCCGGCUGCAAGGUUGUCAUUCAGCAUGUCCUCGACCAGGCCCUGAACAACUCAGCGGCCGCCGCAGCGGGUGCCUCUGCCUCGGCAGACGGCGGAGUCACUCUUCCCGCCGGCUUGGAUGCCAUGGACUGGGACUUUUCCACGCAGUUGGACUUCAAUUUCGACCUGCUUGAUACCUUUGACUGGCUACGGCCGGAGGUGGGUUUGACCCAGCAGUCUUGA